AUGGUUGAGGAGAACCCAAAAGUCCGGCAUGAACUUCUGUCCAAGGCCUUGUGGGCCUAUAGGACAUCCAAGAGGGAGGCCACUAACGUUACUCCUUAUGUGUUAGUGUAUGGCCAUGACGCAAUAGUGCCAAUGGAGGUCACCGUUAGGUCAACAAGGUGGGCCUACCACAAUGGCCUUACUCCAGCAGAGUAUUCCCAGGCCAUGCUCAUGGAAUUGGAAAACCUGGAUGAAGUGAGAUUAGCAGCCUUCGACCAUAUGGUGGUCCAAAAGCAACGGGUGGCCAAGGCCUACGACAAAAGGGUCAGAAGGAAAAGCUUCUCAGAGGGAGAUUUGGUUUGGCAAACCGUGUGGCCUUUAGGUACGAAGACCUCCAAAUAUGGGAAAUGGUCUCCGACAUGGGAAUGGCCCCACCAAAUCUGUCAAGUCUUUAGGGGUAACGUGUAUCUCCUUCUGGACUUGGAUGGUAAGGUCCAUAAGCAUACUAUUAAUGGCAAGUUUUUAAAACAUUAUUAUCCUACCAUAUGGGAGAUGGGGGAUUUUAAUGAGAAAUGGCCAUCACAGACAUAA